UUCCUGUCAAGUUCUCAAAUGUGAUUUCUGAGAGCGGGAAGAAUCAUGGGAAGAGCAAAGUGGACCUGAACAGCGUCUGUUCGCUCAGUCAGUUUCCUACAGCGUUACUGAAUGUCGCCAGUUCAACCCCUGGAUAUGGACACAGCAAUGAACCAACCCAACGGUGGAAAACUUGGCAUUAGCAUUAGCUCUUGCUAAGUAGUCAGUAAUAACGUUAGCUAACACUGACUCUCGAGGCUCAGAAAGGCAGCCCUGUGAAGCAGGCACAGAGGAACAUGGCUGCAUCCCCAGUGGAGUACACCAUUGGAGGGGUGAAGAUCCACUUCCCCUGCAAGGCAUACCCAUCCCAGCUGGCAAUGAUGAAUUCAAUCAUUCGAGGGCUGAACUCUGGGCAGCACUGUCUGCUGGAGAGUCCCACAGGAAGCGGAAAGAGCUUGGCCUUGCUGUGCUCGGCCCUGGGCUGGCAACAAGCUCAGUUUGCCAAAGUGCAAGAAGAAGUAGGCCCUGCAGAGGACAAGAGCCAGCCAGAUAAAAACUGUGGAGACUAUAAGAAGCCAGACGCCACCACCCCCUGUCAGUGUGUGUGCCACAGCAGAGCCAACAGGACCGCAGCUACAGCAGCUACAGCAGGCCUACGGCAGCUACCAGCAGCCAGACCUGCUGUCGUGGACCUCACUGUGUCUCCCUGCAAAGAGACAGCACAGCCAAAACCGCCGCCGUCACCAGGACCCGAGCAUAUGCCGUUACCAAAGGAGUCGCAGCCCAAGAAACAGUCUAUAGCCGCCCGUCUGUCUGAGAAGUUCCAGGCCUCCCUCAGCUCUGACCGCGAGAAAGACGACGACUUCCAGCCAGAUAAGAAACGCAUUCGCGCUGCCGAGCACAAGAGCCGUAAAAGGCAGCGCCUGGAGCAGGGAGUAGUAUUCAUAGAUGAUGAGCCGGAGCUGGAAAAUGAGGCGCCAGGUCUUCAGAGUUGGACGAUGGAGGCAAAUGGCCAGGCAGCAGCUGGGUUGUUCUCAUCAUGCUGCUCCACUGAAACCUGUUCCCUGUGCCCGUGUGCUUCAACCAAAGACAGCAUGAAGGACAAGGACAGAGAUGGCAAAAAGAAUAUUCCCAAGAUCUUCUUUGGCACUCGCACUCACAAGCAGAUAACUCAGAUCGCCCACGAGCUGAAGCGCACCGUUUACUCUGGCGUACCCAUGACCAUCUUAUCCAGCAGAAAUCACACUUGUGUCAACCCGGAGGUAGCACCUCACUUCAACCGCAAUGAACGCUGCAAGGAACUGCUGGAGGGCAAAGAUGGCAGGUCAUGUCGCUACCACCAUGGUGUCCAGAGGAUGCGGGACCAGUACACACUACAGCAUGUCCACGGACUUAAUAAAGCCUGGGACAUCGAGGACCUGGUGGCACUGGGAAGACGGCUCCGGUCCUGCUCAUUUUAUGCUGCGCGUGAACUCCGGCAGGAGGCCUCUAUCAUCUUCUGCCCAUACAACUACCUGCUGGACCCAAUGAUCAGAGAGAGUAUGGAGAUCGACCUGGCAGGCCAGAUCCUGGUACUGGAUGAGGCCCACAACAUUGAGGACUGUGCAAGGGAGAGUGCCAGCUUUACUUUAGACCACAACAGUCUGCUGAUGUCCAAGGAUGAGCUCGAUGGCAUGGUGAACAGCAACAUCAGGCGAUCCAAACACGAACCCCUCAGAGACUUCUGCUAUAGCCUGAUCAACUGGAUCCAGGAGAGCCAAGGCCUGAUGUCUGAACGGGGAUAUGAGAGUGCCUGUAAAGUCUGGAGUGGGAAGGAUAUACUGGGUAUCUUUCACAGCCUGGGCAUCACUGCUGCCACCUUUGGCAUUCUGAAGCAAAACCUGGCCGCAGUGUUGGAGAAAGAGGAGCGUAAGGGUUUGGUUAAUGGUAAAGAGGAUAUGGUGGAGAUCCCAACCAUCAGCUCAACUACCUCCAGUGUACUUAAAGGCCUCUUCAUGGUGCUGGACUUUCUCUACAGAGACAACUGCAGGUUUUCUGAAGACUAUCGGGUAGCUCUGCAGAAGAGCUACGAAUGGACGAAACAGGUCCCACCUGAUGUCCCUGAUGCCCAGGGCUUUAUUGUUCGGCCAUGGCGGAGACAACGCCAGGGCGUCCCAGUGAAGAAAGAAGUCCUGAAACUCAGCUUCUGGUGCCUCAACCCUGCUGUGGCUUUCUCUGACUUGAGUGGCUCAGUGCAAAGCAUUGUGCUUACAUCAGGAACGCUGUCACCCAUGGGCUCCUUCUCCUCUGAACUUGGGGUGAAAUUCUCCUUCCAGCUGGAGGCCAACCAUGUUAUCAACAAGUCCCAGGUUUGGGUAGGCACUGUUGGCGCAGGACCCCAAGGCAGAAAACUCUGUGCCACCUUCCAACAUACCGAAACGUAUGGUUUCCAGGACGAGGUGGGUGCGCUGCUACUCCAUGUCUGCCAGGUCGUGGCCAAGGGUGUGCUCUGCUUUUUGCCUUCUUACAAGAUGCUGGACAAGCUGCGAGACAGAUGGACCAAGACUGGUCUCUGGGAGAAGCUAGAGCAACAGAAAGCUGUGAUCACAGAGCCCCGCGGUGGUGGCAAAGGGGAUUUUGAUGAACUGCUUCAGACGUACUACGAUGCCAUCAAAUACUGUGAUGACAGAGAUGGUGCACUGCUGAUAGCUGUCUGUAGGGGUAAAGUGAGUGAAGGACUAGAUUUCACAGAUGACAAUGCCAGGGCAGUGGUCACCAUUGGAAUUCCCUUCCCAAACAUCAAAGACCUCCAGGUGGAACUGAAGAUGAAGUACAAUGACCAGCACUGCAAGUCCAGAGGUCUUCUUCCAGGCCAUCGUUGGUAUGAGAUUCAGGCCUACAGAGCUCUAAACCAGGCCCUGGGGAGGUGCAUCCGCCACAGGAAUGACUGGGGUGCCCUAAUUCUAGUGGAUGACCGUUACAGGAAUAAUCCCAAUAAGUACAUCACAGGUCUGUCUAAAUGGGUCCGCCAGCUCGUCCAGCACCACGACACCUUCGGCAACGCCAUGCAGUCUCUGGUAGCGUUCUCUCAGGUGCAGCAGAAGAUGAUGGUGGCCCCUGCAGACACUCAGUCCCCCAGUUCUACUCUCGCCUCUCCAAACGGUCACUUGCCAGCAACUGUAGAGGGACAGGGUCUGUCCAAGGCCUCAGAAGCUCAAACACCCUCUUCAUCUGAUAAACCGCCUGAACCCCAGCGGGACACAAGCCCCUCGAUCUUCCGUUUUUUGUCUCGUACGCAGUUGAAAGCUGAACAAAAUGAGAAAGAAGAAUGUUUGAAGAAGGUGCAGAGUCCUCCAGCACAGCCCCUGUUGCACCACAAAAGACAGGCACUCCCUCUGUACAGCAUUUUCACCCCCAGCCCCGUCAGCAACUUCAAGAAGCCAGUCUUUAAUAAAAAAGCACCCAGUAACCCCAGCCAGCAGUUGGCAGCUCCUCUUAAACAAGGGCCUCCAGACAGUUCCAGUGAAAUCACAGAGGAACCACACAAUCUGGCUCUGGAGCCUUCUUCAGUAACAACCCCUCCCAGAUGUAAAAGCGAUCCACCCUCAGCAGACAAUCCAGAAGAAGACAAAGAGGAUGAGAACCAGACCAUCUUCUUUACUCCAGAACUUUUCGAGGGAGAAAGCAAUGAAGGCAGCCCAGAGAUAGAGACCAAGUCUCCUCCCAGGAUGGGGAGCCCUGACCUGCUGUCAGAAGAACUUUUUGGCUCUGAGCAGGCCCAAGGGCAGGGGCAAGCCUCUGCUGUUGAUGAACAGAGUGCUAUAUUAGUGAGUAAGGAGAGCACAGAGCUGUCACAGGGACCGAAAGAAGAAAUCAGAGGGCAGGAGCAAGGUGAGGAGGGAGAGCAGGUGGAUAACCAGAGAAGGCAGGCAGACAAUAGGCUUCGCAGGUUGUCCAGGUCCAGGCAGAAAGCUCCCUCCACUCCAACAGGUGAAGGCUAUGAAGUCAAGAGUGUAGGGAGAGUCAGUCUGCAGCAGAUUGAGACCAGGAGCAGCGAGAGCAGGACAGACAAGGCCAGAGCAGAUAAGGUAAUGAUCCUGGGUUUGAAGAGCAGACCCUCCAGAGCCAAACCCGUCAGAGUAUGCAGCUCAAAAAAAAAUGGAGUUCAAGAGAAUUCUUACCAGGCGCAUCUUCCGCCAGAGGUUCAGGGCGAUCGCUGGACCUGCCAACAGACAGACCAAACCUCCAAACCAGGUGUAAACAACAGAGUGACUGAGUCAGGAAAGUCCUCCACUGUGGGUGUGAGGGAGCACAAAGCUCUUAAAAAAGUGCCUAACACACCUGUUAGUUUCACAAGGAGGAAGGAGUUUGACAUUGUGACUCCCAAAAACGAAAACAUGGGGGGUCGGCAAGAAGUUGGAGCAGCAGGAUGUAGACCUACUAGUCCAGGAAGUCUGUACAGAAGCCAAAAAGCUAUUAAAGUACAGAGAUCUUGCAAACAAAAACGACGUAGGAGAUUUAACAAGACCUCUCCAAAAAGAAAGAGAGUCAAAGACCAGCAGCCAUGCUCUUUGGGACUCUAUUGUUCUACGUGUGAAAAGGAACUACUUCCUGUGGCACAUGGUGCGUUAGGACGUGCUGUCUGUAAAUCAGAACAUCUAACCUUUCUGAGAAAAGACACAUUAAGUCCUGCAGCAACGACCUGCUGCUGCCAGUGUGCACCACAUCAGCCAUCAGUACCAGACCAGUCAGACUCACUGCUGGUAGUCCGGAGUCUCACCUCACUGAAGGCCCUGAGGACUGCUCUGCAACCCUACUGUUUAACUGCAUAUAAUGCCAUCUGGAACCCCGAGGAGGGCUCUGUUACCAGAUUUCUGCAGUGCAAAAGCUGUUUGUCUCAAAGCCCCGUUCUGUCUGCAGCUUUAAUUGCAGCAGAGAUCCAGUACCCUCGAGACACGAGUCAAGAUCAGAUCUGGUUGGCCCCAGCAGCAGUCCAGUUCUGCUCUCUCAUCCAUAUUAAAAGCUUGAAGAAAGUGUGAGGAGAUCACUAACGGUACUAGGUUUUAUUAUUUUAUUUUUUUUGCCUUUGUAUAUACUUUUAUAUUUUGUUACAUGUGACAUUUUGA